AUUUAAUAUUUACAACUUUCUUUUUGUUUAGGUAUAUGUAUCAUGUUUUGACCAAAAAUACCACAGUUACGGAUCAUAACCGGAAUCUCUUAGUAGAGACUAUUCGUUCCAUAACUGAGAUCCUUAUAUGGGGUGAUCAGAAUGACAGUUCAGUGUUUGACUUUUUCUUGGAGAAGAACAUGUUUGUUUUCUUCCUAAACAUACUGCGUCAGAAAUCUGGUCGUUAUGUGUGUGUGCAGCUGCUGCAGACCUUGAACAUCCUCUUUGAGAAUAUUAGUCAUGAAACCUCACUCUAUUAUCUGCUCUCCAAUAACUAUGUAAAUUCCAUCAUCGUGCACAAAUUUGACUUUUCUGAUGAGGAGAUCAUGGCCUAUUAUAUAUCAUUUUUGAAAACUCUUUCUCUAAAACUCAACAAUCACACUGUACAUUUUUUUUACAAUGAGCACACUAAUGAUUUUGCCCUGUAUACAGAGGCUAUUAAAUUUUUUAACCAUCCAGAAAGCAUGGUUAGAAUUGCUGUCAGAACUAUAACUUUAAAUGUCUACAAAGUGUCAUUGGACAACCAGCCUAUGCUGCAUUACAUUCGAGAUAAAACUGCUGUCCCUUACUUCUCCAACCUUGUUUGGUUUAUUGGAAGCCAUGUUAUAGAACUGGAUAACUGUGUGCAGACUGAUGAAGAGCACAGAAAUAGGGGUAAACUGAGUGACUUGGUAGCAGAACAUCUUGAUCACUUGCAUUACCUUAAUGAUAUCCUUAUUAUUAAUUGUGAAUUCUUAAAUGAUGUGCUCACAGACCACUUACUUAAUAGACUCUUCCUGCCUCUCUAUGUGUAUUCAUUAGUAAAUCAAGAUAAGGGUGGGGAGCGUCCAAAAAUAAGUCUCCAAGUUUCUCUCUAUCUUCUAUCGCAAGUCUUUCUUAUUAUACAUUAUGCACCUCUGGUGAACUCACUCGCUGAGGUUAUUCUUAAUGGGGACCUUUCAGUGUUCUCUCCUAAAGUUGAACAAGAUAUCCAGAAAAGUUCUGCUAAGUCAAGCAUCAGAUGCUUCAUAAAACCUACAGAGACACUUGAAAGAUCUCUUGAAAUUAACAAGCAGAAGGGUAAGAAGAAGUUGCAAAAGAGACCCAACUAUAAAAAUGUUGGUGAAGAGGAGGAAGAGGAGAGAGGACCUGAGGAUACCCAAGAUGACCCAGAUAAGACUAAGGGUACAGAAGGUAGUUCAAAAGGCAUGAAGACAAGUGGGGAAAAUGAAGAAAUAGAAAUGGUAAUCAUGGAGAGAUGCAAGAUGUCUGAAUUGUCUAUUUCUGCUGUGACAGAGCAGAACACGACAGAUGAAGAAAAAAGUGCAGCUGCCUCUGGGAGUGAAAUGACCAAUUGGAACAGGCCUUUUCUUGACAUGGUAUAUAAUGCACUGGACUGUACUGAAGAUGACUAUUAUGCCCUCUUUGUACUUUGUCUCCUAUAUGCAAUGUCUCACAAUAAAGGAAUUGACCCAACCAAACUGGAGAGAAUUCAGCUUCCAACAGAGCAUGCUGAAGAGAGAAACUCAUACAACCACGUGCUUGCAGAAAGGCUCAUCAGGAUAAUGAAUUAUGCUGCUCAACCAGAUGGAAGAAUCCGUUUGGCAACAUUAGAACUUGGCUGUCUGUUACUUAAGCAGCUGGUAUUAUCUAAAAGUGGCAGUAUUAUAAAAGAUGUUCAUCUUGCUUGCCUUGAGGGGGCCAGAGAAGAAAGCGUUCAUCUCCUUCGGCGUUUCUAUAAGGGAGAAGAAAUUUUUCUAGAUAUGUUUGAAGAUGAAUACCGGAGUAUGACAAUUAAACCCAUGAAUGUAGAGUACUUGAUGAUGGAUGCCUCUAUUCUACUGCCUCCAACGGGGACUCCACUAACUGGUAUUGAUUUUGUGAAAAGACUGCCAUGUGGAGAUGUGGAAAGAACACGAAGAGCGAUUAGAGUUUUCUUCAUGCUGCGUUCACUGUCACUGCAUCUGAGAGAUGAACCAGAAACACAGUUACCACUGACAAGGGAGGAAGAUCUAAUAAAAACAGAUGAUGUUCUAGACUUGAAUAACAGUGAUCUAAUUGCUUGUACAGUGAUUACGAAAGAUGGAGGUCAGGUUCAGAGGUUUCUGGCAGUGGAUAUUUACCAGAUGAGCUUGGUUGAGCCUGAUAUUGCCAGACUUGGCUGGGGAGUAGUUAAAUUUGCAGGCCUUUUGCAGGAUAUGCAGGUAACAGGAGUAGAAGAUGACAGUAGGGCUCUAAAUAUAAUCAUUCACAAACCUGCAUCUAGCCCCCACUCUAAACCCUUUCCCAUCCUCCAAGCCACAUUUAUUUUUUCGGAUCAUAUUCGCUGCAUCAUUGCAAAGCAGCGUCUUGCAAAGGGCCGUAUCCAAGCUCGGCGUAUGAAAAUGCAGAGAAUAGCAGCUCUUUUGGAUCUUCCUGUCCAACCUUCAAAUGAGGUGAUGGGUUUUGGACAUAGCUCUUCAUCUACAUCCCAGCACCUACCAUUUAGAUUUUAUGACCAGUCACGACGUGGCAGCAAUGACCCUACUGUACAGCGUUCAGUUUUUGCAUCUGUUGACAAAGUCCCAGGUUUUGCUGUGGCCCAGUGUAUAAACCAGCAUAAUCCAUCUCCACUUUCAUCACCAUCUCCUUCCAGUGGCAGUGGGAGUACUGGACGGUGUGAUUCAAUUACAGCCAGCUCAACUUCCACUCCCUCUGCAGCACAGAGUCCAUCAGAUGACUCUUCAGCUCCUGAGCAGCCUCAGAUGAACUUCUCCAGUCAGGUGAUGUUGGUUCAGGAAACCCUUUCAUCUGGCUCACAAUUUGGAAAAAACCCUGUAAAGACCAGUGAAGUAGAAACAGCAAACUUAUCCCCUAGCCUGAUUCCUGCCCAACAGCCCACCAUAUCACUAAUCUCAGAUGACAAUACAGAUGCACUGAGCGUAGAGUCACUUACACUGGUCCCACCAGUUGAUCCACACAGCAUUCAUACUUUCAGCUGCAUUCCUCAGUCUUCUUUGCAGUCAGAAGUUUGCAGAGUGACAGAGUUAGAAGAGUGUUCUGCCCAGAGUCAGCCAGCAGCCCAUGAUGAGCAGUGAAGAGAAGGCAACUGAUAUUUUUCUUUGGCAGGGCUGAUGAGACUUAACAAGCCUCAAAGGUGAGAUGAUCCACAAGUAGAGGCCCUCUGAUAAAUAGCUCUAAAUUUAAAGUAUGGGAAGCUUUUUUAAAUAAAUAUUCAGCAUUUUUAAGUUGAAAGAAAUCUGGUUAGAUUUCCUGGCAUGAUACUUCCUGUUCUUAUAUAAAAGCAAGAGAAACUGACUAUGAAAGGUACUUCAGAAGUAUCUAGUUUCUUCAUACUACUUCAUGAACCAUGUUAUCUGCAGAAUCUGUACUGUAUUAUACUGAAGUGAAGAAACCUCAUUAGGAUGCCUUGGCUUCAUGAUAUUUUAUCACCGCUUCUCUGAAAACAGGCAUGGUAUUUCUAGAAAAAAAAUAUAUAGUACAAGAGAUGCUAUUUCUAUUUGAGACACAUUUUCUAAAUUGUUGUUCUCCAGCUUUUGAAAGUUUGGCACGGGCUGUAUUAAAAAUAGCAGACUUGGCUAUUUUCAGUAUUGUAUUCAUAAGAUUGUAAACUUUAUUAUUGUGUCUGCUGUGUGUAUUAUUUAUUUCAAUGUUUGAGUCACGACAAGAUCCAUAUCUAUCAAACAUAUUUUUAAUUAAACAACUCUGUUUGGCUUAACAAUUAAAAGGCUUAUUCAGGUUAAUAAAAGGGAUUUUUGAGUAGUCUCA